AGCAAACUAACUAAACUAGUCUGUGGGCUACUGGGCUCUGGCCUCUGUGGCUGUCAAUUUCAAAUCAAUAAAAUUAUUUACAAGUCUGCUUGUCUGCUUGGUAUCUUCUGUUUGGAGUAUCUUAAUUCCUAAUUUGCUAUCAAACUUAAGUGAGUAAAGUUAUACAAAAAAUAUGCAAAUAAAUAAUUAAACGUAUUAUCACUACAUUUAUACAAAUUGUAUGUUUAUAACAUACUUCACUAUUAAAGUAUACGUAAAUAAAUAAGUACUAUAGUGUUUUAUGUUACAAUAGUUCAACAAUCAUUUAAUAUUUACUUACGAUGGAAAGCAAGAAAGUUUGGUCUAAAAAGGAAGUGUUUCAAUUGAUCGCUCGAUAUAAACACUAUAGAGAACUAUGGGAUACUCGAUCAAUAGAAUUUAGAGAUACGUAUAAAAGAAGAAAAGCCGAAAAUAAGCUGGCGGCUGAAUUUAAAACUACAGUUGCGGAAAUAGGUAGAAAGAUUCGUAUUUUACGAAGUCAAUUUUUUUACGAAUAUAAGAAAAUGUAUGAUGAUGAAGCCGAGGAUGGGUCGUCGUCGACCGCGUAUGUCACGAAAUGGGCUUAUUAUCGCCCUUUACAAUUUAUUCUCGUUGCGAGGGAAGACAAUAGUGACAACACUAAUUUAAUGGAUCCUGAUAAAGAUUUAAACGAAGGCUUAUGGACUCAAAAUGAUAAUGAUUCCAACGAAAGUAACGUAGAUGAAGACUCGGACUCUAAAAUAGUAUUUGUUAGCAAGAAGAGGAGGCGAUCAGACUCUUCAUCAGACUCGAGUGAUCAAUCAGAGCAAAGUAAUCAAGUUCCUAAUGAUGAAUAUCAGAUAUUUGGUAAUUACGUUGCAAGUGAAUUAAGAUCUAUGCACUAUGACAAAAAUAUAAGGGAGUUAAAGAGAUUGAUUCAACAGCACAUUGUAAGAUGGACGGAGGAAGAUGAUAAGGAGUACUUUUCAAACUGAAGUAUUAAUUUGAUUAUAUGUAAGAAAUUUAUUUCAUACAUAUAAUAAAUUGAAUGUUUAUAAAUGUAUACUUGUUGUAUGUAC